AUGAUAGAUGAUCGGCUAAGCUUUAGUAGUCACAUCGACCACGCAUACGAGAGGGCCGUACAACUGAUCUUGGCACUAUCUCGGAUCAUGCCCAACAAUGCGGCGAUCAGCAGCAGUAAAAAGCGACUACUGGGGAGUGUUUUCACAUCGGUGCCCAGAUACGCAAGAUCUGCAUGGCACUGCAAAACGAAGGGAAACCCAUCUCGGCUGGAUAGCACGUUUAGGCUGAUGGCUAUGCGGGCGUCUGGUGCGUAUCGAAUUAUCUCGCCAGAUGCAGCCUACGCGAUAGCUGGAACGAUGCCUAUAAACCUUUUACUCGAAGAAGAUAUCAAGGAGUCUGUAAACGAGACUAAGUUGAUACCAUAA